CUGAUUACUCCCUGCUGCAUUUUCACAGCUGCUCACCCUGCCUUCACGCGGAAAAUUAACUAAGGGGCUGGCAGGUAAAAUUCAGGUUAUAGGUUGUGGCUGUUUGCGCUCACACAUUCAGCUCACCCAGUUUUGUGCAUGUGUGAAAGCACUAAAAUACUAUCAACCAUGACACAUGCUACCUCACUGGAUAGUAUCAACGAAGGGAAAGGGGACACAGGCCGGACCAGAUCCCGGGCCGCCUUCCUAGACGACUACAGUGUCUGUACAUGGGGCUCGACUCAACCACUAGUCCAUCUGCGCCCCAGAAGUCUUAUAUUGGAUUUAUUAUUUUGAAUAGAAAAUCCCUUACCCUCUACUCUUGCUUGGCAUCACCACACAAAAAACACAACCUGAGGAAGGUUAAGAGGAACCGAAACGUUGUGAUUUUUUUCUAAUAAGUUGGUGAUGCUGAGCAAGAGUAGUGUGCAGGAUUUUUUAUUUUCAAAGUGAUAGUCUUAAGUCCUACGCAACUACUUCAUGAGAUGUUUUGUUUUGUGCAUACACCUCCAUUAAAACAUUGUCUCUUUAUUAGAAAAAAUGCAAAGUGUAACCAUCAAAAUGCUUCUUUUUUUCCCCCAGAGUUCCAUCUCCCUCUUUCUCUUCUUUUUAUUUCAUUUUUCUUACUACACUUGAGUUUAAAGAAGGCUGUAAAACAUCUACUUGUCUGUGAAUAUUUCACAAUGUCUGAUUUGAAGCUCUUAUUUACAUAAAGACUCUGAAUGUGUCUUGAGUCUCCGUUUUCCAGAACAUAAAAGAUGAUUGUGUCAGUGCUAUUAUGUGCUGCAUUUGACGUAUAGAACAAGAUAUUAACUCAUAUGCAUUUAUAUGUUGUGCAAAGUUGUGUUUUUUUUAAUAUAAAAUCCGUAGUUGCAAUGAUCUUUAUACCAGUUUCUCUGCUCACGUGUGCCCCGAUUUUCUUUCUGAUUUUUACGAGCCGCUCCUGAACGCACCGGCAGGAACAGACGUCCGCACAUUCGCUGCCCCGUGAGAGGCGGAGGAGGGCGCAUGAUCAGCGGGCAGACGGACCAAUCAGAUCGGCCCCUUAGGUUCCACACGCUCCCCCUCUCUCUCCCCCUCCUCCACCUCUCUCCCCCCUCCGCGGCUCCGCCUCCUCCUCCCCCCGCUCCUCGUCGCUGAGGACGGCCGGAACAUUCCUCAUAUUCCUGGGUCUCGAUAAGCGGAGGAACGCGGCGACGAAACGACGCGAGCCGAAGACACGACGGAUUCAAACACCUCAUGACUCUUUAGAAGGACACGGAAGGCUGAUGUUGGGUCGUGGUGUUAAGCGGAAGUGGAGCUGCCUGGAGGAGCUCGAGGGGGAGACCCUCCCUGCUUCUGCAGAGAAGAAGAAUGGCGAGGAAGACCAGGAGGAUAAGGACGACUUCCUCGUGGGUCCGUCCAAGUCCGACAUGAGCCACCUGCAGCAGCGUCAGCGGGUGCUCGGCCUCUGCCUGGAGAAGCUGCAGCGCUACCAGGCGGGCGUGGAGCUCAGCCUGCGUCGCUCCGUGCUCCUCAUCAACACGCUCAGGCAGAUCCAGGAGGACAUGCAGAGCGACGGGGUGGGCGCCUGCACGUCAGACGUUCUCCUCAACGGCGUCCACUCUGACUCCUGCAUUCUCAGGGAGGACUUGCCGGUUACGUGCCCCGGGUGCGCAGAAGUAGAGGAAGACAACUUUUCUCCCCAGCUGUCGUCUGAACUCCACGUUCAAGAGGCAAACAGCUCGCCUGACCAGCCUAAAUCACUUCCGGCGGCGACCAUCAAUGCUUUCAGCGAUGCCGUAAACGCCAUGGGCUACCUCAGCGACCUCGCCCUGGACGACAUCUUUGAGGACAUUGACACAUCGAUGUAUGAGACUUCAGACCUGCCCUCUGCCUGGGCGUCCGUCAGCGUGUCACUUUGGGCAGACGAGGACGUUAAAAUGCGCUCUAGCAGUCACGCCUCAGCUGGGAGUCUCCAGUCGUGUCUGACGGACCUCAACGAGCUGGACCACAUCAUGGAAAUUCUGGUAAAGUCCUGAUCGCUGAGACGAACUCCUGAAACUUUUAGGUUAACUGAGGAGUCUGAUCACAGCUGAUGAGGACAGCGAGGACUGAUCCGAGCGUGAAUGAACUCUUGGAUUUUUUUGAGGUUCCAUCAGAUAUAUCAGGAAGUUUCAUGUUGAUUAAAACACCAACUUCUAUGCAACUGCUUCAGAACUAAACAUCUUACAUUUUUAAGUUAUGUCCACAAGUGUGUGCUUCUCAUACGACCAAAUUAUUUACUUAAGCAAAUUAAGUAUGCAUCCUAAAACUUAACUGAGAUGAUCAAACACGAAGGAAACUUACUUUUAAACACUUUCAUACUGUUGAAUAUACUGAAUAUUAUUGUUGACAUUCAACAAAGAUAACUGCACUCUGAACAGAGAGAGAUUCCUGCAUCCUCCGUAGCAGGAAACACAUCUGAUAUCUCUGCAGCUCAAGGUCAGGUUGUGUUUUAUGUCGUGGGUGAGUAAUCUGUAGUAAAAGCAGACGAGACAUGUCUCGGCAAAGUCAGAAAAACAUACAGUAACAGUGUUAAGAGUGUCUAAAGGUGAGUUUACCUUAAAGUGAUGAGUCUAUAAAAGCUCAGUGAUGGAACCUCAAAUUUCCAAUCUCUCAUAAUUUAAGUUUUGUAAAUUAUUAGUAAGAAGUAUUAGCACCUCUGCGAGUGAAUCACCCGCUCAGGAAGAAGGAACCUGAGCCGCCCGGCGUCACUCAGGCUGUUAGAUCCGACCCGGGUUGAUUAUUAAUUGAAAUCUCUUCAAUUACUUAAAGAGGGUGUGAUUCAGCCGGCCGGGAGGGCAAAGGCCGGGGUUCCCUUUCAGUUUCUUAUCGCUCCAUGUAGGAUAUUUAAACGUAUGGCUGUGGUAAUGCAGCGUUGUAUAUUUAUUUGUCUUGUGGAAAGAAGAAUGUGUUUCUCUGAAUCUGGGGAGUUUAACAGCCAAAGAAGUAAGCUUCCCGUCCUUGUAGAUGAAACGCCACAUUCAGGUCCUAUCUCAAGAAACUGGGAAAAAAUGGUCGACAUCUUGUCCCGAACACUUUUAUGUAAUAUUAUUCUUAUUUAUGAAUGAAAAAACCUACUACGAACCUGCAGCAGAUAUUACUUGUUCUCUUUGUGUACAGUCUUUUGUUUGGGACGCGAGUGUAACUUAUUAUUCUGAUUCUUUACGACCUUGGACUCUCAGUGUAUCAGCUGCCAUUUCUACUGCUUUUUCGCUGACUCUGCUGACAAACUGUCAGCGCCUUUAGAUGAAAUAUUCCCAUCUUUUUCCUCCCUUAUCGGCAGCUUGUAUUUUCCGGUUAAUGCGACAUGUCUUCAAUGCAGCAUCAAACAUGUAUUUUAAAUAGUAUGUAAAGAAUCUCUGGUCUCGACUGAGGAGCUGAUCGCCUCGAGUCAACAAUCAGAAAGACUUUUGCCAUGUCUCAGAAUUGUAAAUGACAACAGAAGCCUAUGUAUUUUUACAGCCAUAGUGAUGGUUUGAACUUUUAUUGCAAUGUUGGGAGUUUUUAAAAAGGUUUUUUUUAUGCGUUUGUACCUGAGACUCAAAAUCACUUGUCCAGUAGAAGAGAAAACAGCGAGUGAAGGGCUGCGGCAGAGCUCAUGCUCGACCUUCACAAUCUGUGGUUUACUCCUGUUCUACCUCCUGACGUCUGUUUGUUGUCGGUGUGGUGGGACGGUUCUGUUUCACACCACCGACCGUCUUUUGAUAGAAAUCAUGUCGUUUUGUUUCAUUGAGCUAACAGGGCGGAAAAAACCCCCCACAACCCAACUGAAUCCAACGCUCUCCUUUCAGACCAAAGUCAGCAUCUCCAUCUCUCUCGUCGACAAUGUGCCUUACUACUGAACUGAACUUUUUAUUCAUGUUGAGGUUUUUUGUGCUUGCCUGAGCUUCAUUGAUAAAACAAACCUUAAGAAACGAGGCGCGGUGUUAUAUAAAGCAUUAAAAACCCUGAACCGUCAUCUCUUCUUCCCUCUUCUUAGCCUUUUUUUUUUCCUGCGCCUGGUGCACACUAGUAGCAUAUGAGCUUAAUGUAUCGUGACAGGCUGACAGCAAACUAGCUGAGGGAGGAGGUGGCAGCUAGGGCCAGGAGGGAAAAAUAAGAGGAGGAGGAGGAGGAGGGGUGGGAGGAAGCUGCUUGCGUCACUGUGCUCAGUAGGCGGGGUUUAGAGCUUGUUUUGCCCAGACUCUGACCACCGACCAAUCACACGAGAAGUACGAGGAGCUAGAUUGAUGUGCAAGGAGCACACUGCUUCAACAACAACUUGUUUUUGCUCCUGAUGGCUCUGCACAGAAAAACAGAGUGUGUGUGAAUCUGUUGGAUUUGAGCCUAAAACAAAUCCACUUUCCUGUUGUGUGUGUGUUGUUGUUUUUUUUUAUGUUGUUGCCAUUCACAUAAACUUCCCAACAGGACUGAAAACAACAAAGCAGAGAGCUGCAGUGUUAUUUAUAAUAGUAUGAAAGUACAGAGUGUCAGUAGGGUUUGUAAAGCACAAGCUGUAAUGUUGAUGUUGAUUAUGAUACAAAUGAAGGAUGAGUUUACGCAGUAAUGAGAUGAAAAAUGAAUAAUGUAUUGUAUUUUUUUGUGGAAUAUUUUAUAGAUUUUAUUCAAUAAUACAGUAAAAAUACCCUAACUUCUG